AUGGUUGCCUACAUUUCCAGUUUAUCCUCUAAAACUGCCACUCACUUUGGCAGAUUAACCUUAAGAAACUUUAUCAACUAUAUUCCAGAUUUGGCUUUGUGGGGUGGUGCUUCUGCUUUUGGAAUUGCUUGUUUCACUGAAAACUGGCCAAUUUUUCAAGACACUUUUUACAAGAAAAUUCCAUAUUUUGGUUCUCACUGGGUCCACGACGUUGAUCCACAAGAUGUUCCAAAUUAA